AUGCCUGGUUCUCGUUCUGUUAGCAGAUCUCGUAGUCCUUCCGUGCGUAAGGGCCACAACUCAGUAUCACGUUCCCCCCGUUCUCGUUCUCGUUCUCAUUCCCAAUCGCGCUCACCUUUUGCUUCGCCUAGAAGAGACAGGUCACGUUCACGAUCCCGUUCAGCCAGCAGGACUCCCCCUAGAAGAAAUCGUAGAAGCCGAUCGCGCUCUCCCCGUGGUUACCGUGGUGGCGGCGGCUCACGCAGAGGUGGGGCAUGGACCAACAAUAGAAAUAGAGAAAACCCAGAUCCCAAUAACUGUGUUGGAGUUUUCAACCUAAGUGUAUAUACUACUGUGAAAGAUCUUCGUGAAGUUUUUGGAAGAUAUGGUGAAAUCGAAAAGUGCGAAUUGGUUUAUGAUCAUCCUACUGGCCGAUCCCGAGGAUUUGGUUUUAUUUACUUCCAAAGAUUAGAAGAUGCAACCGCAGCAAGAGAUGAAAUGAAUGGCUCCGAAGUUGAUGGUCAAAAGAUUCGAGUAGACUACUCGAUUACGCGAAGGGCCCAUACACCAACUCCUGGACAAUACAUGGGCAGUUCACGUGGACGAAGAAGAGACUACUCGGACGGUCAUAGUCGGGGCAAGAGAGAGUUCAGAGAAUCUCACGGUAGACGAAGAAGUCCAUCUCCAAGAAGAGGUCGACGAUCACCAUCCCCAAGAUACGACCGCAGAAGAAGUCGCUCUCGAUCUUACUAA